AAGCAAAGAGUGCCCAAAGCAUAAUUCACACUCCCAACUAAGCACAAUAAGAAGGUGAUAUUAGUCAUCGGAAGCACAGCAGAGGCAAUGGACGGCAGAUAUGAGAGAAUGAAGAAAGUGAGGUGGGAGAACAGAAAAACGAAUGUCUUGAAAAAAGGCAGAGAAUUAGCUACAUUGUGCGGUAUCAGGCUCUGUGUAGUUACCGUUUCCCCGGACGGAAAGGUCGAAACUUGGCCGGAGAAUGCGGCGGCCGUCAAGGCUGUUCUUCAUGACGCCGUCAAAGCAGCGGCAGAGAAACAGAGUGUGUGCCCCAGAAAGCAGCAGCAGCCGGAGAUUCCGGAUGGGAUGAUGAUCAGUACUGAUGAUUAUGAGGUCCCAGAAGUAGAAAUGGAGUUGAGAGCUGAUUUGAAUCCUAAUUAUUAUCUGAUGCCGGAGUAUAACGGGGAGAGCCACCACCACCAUCAGUUUCAGCAUCCUCCUUCCUUUUGCUCUGCAAAUAAUUACUCUGCAUGGCAGACCCAAAAUCAAUGGACUCAAAGCAAUGGAUUUUCUUUUGGCGCGGGUGAUAAUGAUUUUCAGGGCGGUGGAAUGAUGCCUCCGCCGCCGCCACAAGGUUCUGCGGGCGGCGUUUUUGAUCCUCUGCUCAGUGCGCAGCCGCUGCAGCAGUAUGAAGCUAGUGGAUAUGGAAACUUUCCGUUAGGUGAUUACUACUAUUAGGACUGAAGCAGCUUACGUACAAUAAUUCAUACUCCUAUCCGUACUUCGGUUCAGUUUUGUUAGUGUGAAGUUGAUGCUUGGCAUCAACAUCUACUUAAUUAAUUAUUAUCUCCACUCAUUACAUUGAGUGAUAGAGCUCUGCUUUCAUUAUCCAGUAUUUGAUUAUCUCCAACUAAUUAAUUAAUGCAAGUAAUGUUUUUUCAUUACCUAUCCC